AUUAGUAAAGUUUUUUUAAUCCAUACGAUCUUAAAAUUAUAUAAUUUAUAAAACUACAUUUUGUUAUUGGAUGUAGUAUUCCAAUAGCUCAGUAAAGUUAAAUUACUGAGUAAAUAUUAUAAAAAAAAGAAGUUCAAUUUUAAACCGAAUUAAACGAAAAUAUUUCAAAAUGAAUGUUCUGUUACAAGGGAUGAAAAAUUUAGUACUGAAUAAAUCAUUGGGAGAAACAACUAGAUGUAUGGCAUCACUUUAUCAAAUGCAUAAGACCGGCCCUCAUAAAAAACCGAUGUUUAAACGGAAUCCAUUGGGUGACAAUCCAUUUCUAAAAGGUGUUAUACUAAAAACACUAAUUAGAAAACCAAAGAAACCAAAUUCGGCUAAUCGAAAAUGUGUCUUGGUGCGAUUAAGCAAUGGAAAAGAAAUGAUUGCUUAUGUACCUGGUGAAGGACACAAUCUUCAAGAACACAACGUUGUAUUAGUGCGUAAUGGACGGUGUAAAGAUUUGCCUGGUGUAAAAAUAACAUGUGUCAGAGGAAAAUUUGAUUUACCACACGUUGUAAAAAAAACACAGAUAAAUUCUUAAUUUUAUAGAAAUAUUAGAUUAUUAUCAUUUUUUUUUUUUUUUUUUGUA